AUGGAUGUCCGUCCAUGGAAGGCGGAUACCAUACAUGGCCCUCAACGCCGAUUGAAGCGCGGGUCGGAUUCUGGUGACAGCGACCGCCCUACUAAGAGUCGUAUUCGACGCUCCAUGACAGCUUGUAACACCUGCCGCAAGUUGAAAACUCGAUGCGACCUUGAUAGGUGCAGUCACGCAUGCCGGCGUUGUCUUUCCUUGAGGAUUGAAUGCGAGCUACCCGAAACACCAGAGCAGCUGCGUGAUAGUCGCUCCAGGUGGCCUGAUGCAGGCGUAGUUUCCUCGUCAAUUGAGGAGCGCUUGACAUCCCUCGAGAACAGUAUGAGCGAAUUGACCAAGACCGUGAGACAGGUUAUGGAGGCCUCAUCCAGUCGCCCUCACAGUCCUCGCAGCGCCAUCAUCGGGAAUGAUGAGAUAGACUACUUGACCCCACACGACAGUGUUCGGUCUUUAAAACCAAUGUCAAUGAUAUCGGGGCUACAGCACGAGCUUUUUGGCGAGAAGAGCGAUUUUGCUCCAGAGUCAGAUAAUCAGACGGGCGACGACAUCGUCGCUCAAGGUCUCAUCAAUCCUAACCAAGCAAAUCGCUUGCUACAGCUUUUUGUCGAGAAUUUCGGACCCUCGGUGUCUGUAUAUAGCAUGUCUGAUCUACCCACUAAUAUCCGUCAAAGUGACCCCUUUCUGUUUACCACAGCUUGUCUACUUGCUUCGCGCUCUCUUCCUGAUAUCCCCCUGCCUGUUGUGAAUGCCAUUUAUCAUCAUAUGCGACGACAGUCAACCAGCAUCCUAUGGGGCUCACCAUCUCUAAAAUUCAGCUCCCUGCAGGCACUAGGCUUGCUUUGCUUAUACUCAGCAACCGUUCAGACCGAUGUCGUAAUGGAUAGCUGGCUACUGAGUAGCCUUUCUAUCAACCAUGCUAUCCUAUCUUUUAGCUUUCUCAACCAGCCUCUUUCCGAGCCUAUCGUAAACGAUAACCAUCUCGGUCAGUACCGGGUUUGGAAUUCUCUUUGUCUAGCACAUUUACAAUGUGUCAUUAGCAACGGAAGACCAUUGAAUCUCAAGCGAAAGCAUCUUCACUACUGCUAUCGCAUACUAGAGAGCCCGCAUGCCAAGCUAGACGACGGACGAAUUGUUGCUGAGAUCGAGCUGUACUACCUGACGCUUAGUUUACAAAACAAGCACUACCGCACCCAGAGCAUUGAUAUCGGAUAUGAAGAGUUAGCUCGGUGGAGACAGAAUUGGGCGCACAUUCUCAUGAACGAAGAGAACACAGCACCCCUGAAUUUGGCAUUCUGGUUCUGUCAUCUUCUGCUCUAUCGAAUGUCACUGCGCGAAAAGCCCGGAUCCGAUGGAUUUAUCACUGAAAUCGUCAAGAGCGCCCGUCACAUUGUAUCCACAUUCAUCCAGCUGCAACCUCGCGCGGUGGUCAGUUUUAUCGACCAGGUACUCUUUAUUGUAGGGUAUGCCUCUUUGACAUUGUGCGAGUACGAUAUCGCCAACCCAAUCAUCGACCAAGUCCAAUUCCAGUUCAUCCAUAUAGCCCACAAUGAAAAGCAUAUGGCUUAUCGCUUCGCCUAUGUUAUGAGCGAACUGAAGCAGCGGUCGACAAAGAUGAAUCACUCGCAUCCAACACCGCCGUACCACCCAAUGGAUGCACCGGUGGCAUUGAACCCUCCUAUAGCUAGCCUUCUGCUACAAUCGUCGAUUGUCGACCCUAUGUUUGACAGAUCUGGUCCUGUGGACCAACUUCUUACAAGGUUUAUGUCCGUAGGGGUUGACUCAACUGUCGCCACGCCGGUUUACGAACCGAUAUCAACUAUACCUCUAAGCAAUUGUGGCCUUAUAAGUCCUGUAACUGUCCAGCAUCCUCACCGUCCCUACCAAAGCCCGCCGUCGGAGUGA